AUGUACGUCUAUCUAUCUGUCUAUCUUUCUUUCUUUCUUUCUUUUUGUUUUUCUUUCUUUCUUUCUUUCUUUCUUUCUUUCUUUCUUUCUUUCUUUCUUUCUUUCUUUCUUCCUUUCCAGUCGUCCCCACUAAGCUUAUUUCUUUCCGCUUGCUUCUGUCACUACCUUUCGCUCUCUGUUACUUUAUCUUAUUUCCCUCUUUUUUACCUUCUUUCUCUCUCUCUGUUUUUCUGUCUGCUUUUUUUUUAUUUCCUUAGCUGUCUGUUUCCUCAACAUUCGUUCACUUCACCUCCCUCUCUUUCUCUCUCUUCUUUCUCUCUCUUCUUUCUCUCUCUCCUCACAUAUCGCUCAACCUCUUUUUCUCCUUAUCUCUCCCCUCUUAGCACCCUCUCUUGUCAUUUUCCCUCCUUUUCUUUCUAUUCUUCGCAUUCUUUCACUUUCCUUUACAUUCACACUUUUUAUUUCUUCUAUUUUCUUUCAUAUUUUAUCCCGUUUCCGUCUUCUCUCCUUACAUUUCCUAAGACUUUCUUUUUCUCUCUCCCUACUUUUCUUUCUAAACUCUCUCCCCCCCCCUCUCCCCCCCUCUCUCUCUCUCGCUCUUGUUUUACUUCCCCAUCUUUCUUUCUUUUUAAAUCAUAA